GUAAUAUCAAAUUUUAUAUUGAGUGUAUAAUCUAUGGGUAAUACAUUUACUAUUGAAAUUUGAAGACCGCAAUUUAGUAAACUUUGAAAGCGCAGCUCUUACUGAAAAUGUUGAAAUUUAGUGAUAGUUAAUUAUGAUACUUAUAAAACGUAUUCCGCAGUUAAUGUCUUGCGACAGAAAUAAUUAAUAGUAAAAAAGAGACAAAAUAUGGCUGUUGUAAAAACUCCUGUAUUGAAAGUAAUUUUGUGUGGUGAAUACGGUGUUGGAAAGAGUUCAUUAUUUCGCAGGUUCAUUAACAAUACCUUUGUUCCAAACUCUGAUCGAAGGGCGACUUUAGGUUUAGAUCAUUUCGAGAAGUUGUACCAAGUUGCGGACAAAGAUGUCAAGUUGCAGUUAUGGGAUACUGGAGGUAUGGAAAGAAUAGCUUCGGUGACAUCAAGCUAUUAUAAAUUUGCUGAAGCUGCAAUUUUGGUCUUUUCACUGGACAAUGCUUCAUCGUUUCAUAUUUUGAGUCAACAUUUACUUGAAAUUGUAUCUUAUGCAGAAAACGCAAAGAUAUUUUUAUGUGGAAAUAAAUCUGAUUUGGAAGGAGCAUCUCCUCAAGUUACUGAUGCUGAUAUUGAGACUUUCUGUGAGCAGUGCCACAAUUUAGUAAAUAGCACAUACAAAACUUCAUGCAAAACUGGCAAAGGUAUUGAAGAAAUGUUUGCCGAUAUUGCCCUUCAACUGGUUGAAGCAAACAGAUCUAGGAUUGAACUGCAGGCCUUGGAUCAAAAUAGUUUUAAAAUUUCAAACCCUGAUCAACCACAAGAGCCAUCAUGUAGCUGUUAAUUUCUUUUAUUAAAUACAGCAAUUUAAAAAUAAUUAUGGUAUCUGUUUAACACAA